AUUGUGCAGCUUGGAUGGAUAGAGUCGGGUCAAAGUUGAAGUUGGAAGGUUUUGCCGGGAAAGUCUUCAGAGCAAAGCAGCGAUGGUUAAGAUAACAGAAAGUCUCCUGUUAGAGAAAGGCACCCCUAAAUCCAGCAAGCUGGAGUGGAUCAAGACACUGAACCUCUCCAAGUUGGGUUUGAACAGCCAGGACCUGCCCGUGUCGUUGCUCUCUCAGCUGAGCAGCCUGGAGGAGCUGGACCUUUCUGGGAACCAUCUGCAGGAGCUUCCCCGGGGCCUGAGCCUGCCCUCCCUGCGAGUGCUCGACUGCUCCAACAACGACAUGGGGGACGUCACCUCGCUGGCGCCCCUUACUGGCCUGGAGGAACUGCGCCUGGACGACAACCUCUAUCUCACUGUCUGCGAUGACUACAAAGUGAUGUUCCUCUUGUCAAACCUGAGGAUUCUCAAUGGCAGAAGCAUCAGCCACGUCAGCAAACACCUCCGCAGUGCUGGCACUGCGGCUCUCCAGAAGCGGGUCAUAACCCUGUGGGAGAGUACAUUCUCUCUCCCUGAUCACCCAACACCUGAAAAACUGAAGACUGUGGAGAAAGAAUUUGUUCGUGUGGCGCGGUCACAGAUAAAAUAUGGCCCUAGCUCCCUCAUUGGCUACACAAAAUGGAGGUUGGAGAUGAUAGCGAAAGAGCACCUGCAUUCCCUGGUAGAGCCCGGAGAAGAGAAAGCAGACACUAAAGAGAACAGCGGCCAGCUGUCCUCUGGCAAGAGGAAGAGCUGCGAGCCGGACGCCGUUAGGGAGAACGGCAGCCCCUGUAAGAGAGCCAGAGGGGCAGACCCCGCCCCCGCCCCCGCCGACGCCAGCCCUCGCAAGUCAGCCCGGCACCUGAGCACCCCCGUGAAGGGGGAGGAGCACCCCGGCACCCCCAGGAGGGGGCUCCGGGAGUCAGCCCGGCACCCCAGCACCCCCGUGAAGGGGGAGGAGCUCCCCGGCACCCCCAGGAGGGGGCUCCGGGAGUCAGCCCGGCACCCGAGCACCCCCGUGAAGGGGGAGGAGCUCCCCGGCACCCCCAGGAGGGGGCGCCGGGAGCCGAACAGCCCCGCCGGAAAGGGGCCCAAAGCGGAGGGCCCGAGGGGGAUUCUCAGGGACCCCCCGAAAGAUGCCCCGUCCCCGCGGAAACAUCCCAGGACCCCCAGCAAGGCCACGCCCCAGGAGAGGAUGGCUGAGCGGGGCAUCCCUCAGAAAAUGACUAGCAUCGAAUCCAAAGACCCUGUGACUCUACAGCCCCUCCACGUGCUGCAGUGCCACAGCAAGCUGGACAGCCCCGAUGACUUCAGCACCCAGCUUUGGGCCUGCGCUUUCGAACCCUUGCAGGACAGCUGCGACCAAACGUCCGGCGUCGUGGCCACCUGUGGGGGCGAGUCAGUGUGCGUCAUCGACUGCGAGACGGGACACGUCCUCAAGAAGUACAAGGUCCCCGGUGAGGAGUUCUUCACCCUGGCCUGGUCCUGCGUCCCCAUGUCCCGGGAGGGGGGCGGGGUGGUGCGACGGCUCAGCGUCCUCGCCGCGGGGGGGAAGAAGGGCGUGGUCAAGCUCCUCCACCCGGCGGGCAACCUGGCCUACGGGGAGUUCCGCGCCAGCCGCCGUGCCCUCUCCACCCUCUGCUUCAGCCCCCGCCAGCAGAGCGUCCUCUUCACUGGGUCGUAUGACAAUAGGGUUGUGAUGUGGGACAUCGGUGGAGUGGACAGCGACUACACGUUUAAAGUCAGCCAGCUCUUGGUCCUGGAGACCAACUCCACACCCCUGCACCUGGGCCUGCCCCCCUCCCGCCAGGACAUGCGCCACCUGCUGGCCGCCUGUGAUAAAGGCCUGCUCUGCUUCAGCACUCAACUGGGCAAGGACAAGUUAAAGAGGACGGAGGAGAUGGAGAUCACGUUCCCCGUGUAUGCCAAGGAGGAAGAGGAGAAGGACAAGCACUACCGCACCAUUGACGGCUUCGCCUUUCUCUCUGAUGACAUCGUGGCAUCUAAGAGUCACAUGCAGGGCUCUAUCUACCUGUGGAGCUGGGGCCGCACGCGCGUGUCCAGAGCCAGCGGGAAGCAGGUGUCUGCCGUGGUGCUGGCUGAGCUGCGGUGGGCGGACACGGACACGCCCUACCUGUCACUCAGCACCUGCCCUGGUGAGGGAUACGUGGUCUGUGGAGAUGAGAGGGGCAGACUCUGGACGUACCACCUUACAGACCUUCUGAAAGCUGGAGGCAAGAAGGGGAAAGUGAUUUCUCCCACAGAGAUUGUGGACUGGCCUUCCCCCGUGAGAAAAGGUGUGGGCCCCGUCGAAGGGCCCUCCAUCAACAGCGUGGCCAUGGACCCGCAGCUGCGCUACCUGGUGGCCCUCAGCGACAAGAACAUGGCCGUUGUGUGGGGUAGAGCGCAGCCCUGAGGAAGGCGGACUCAGUGCUGCCCUCUGUGGGCUUGUCCAGCUCCCAGAAUGCGGUCCACCUUCACGUUGAUCUCUCCUUGGGUUUCGAAGCCUCUGGAUCUGCCACCCCUGGACGGAAGACUCCAGCCUCCAGCUGAACUUCCGCACCCCCCGACUGACUUUAACUGCGUAUCAGUGACGCUGGAAGAUGUUUCCUAUGGGGAAUGUGAAUAUAAGGAGGGCCAGCAAUAUUGAAGUUUUCAAUAAUUUGUGAUAAAUGUUGCGGAUGCCUGUGAUGAAAAAAGAACUCUCUUUUUUUGUUACAUAACCUUGCGUUCGCUGUUAAAAGGUUUUCAUCAGGAGCUGAAGGAAUUUUACUGUAUGUAUGUGUACAGUAAGACACAGUUGUGUUCUUCAGUGACUUCAGUAAAUGCUAACGUUUUCCUCAGGUGCUUUAGCCUGUUGGGCAAAGUUCGUGUUCGCUUGUGGAUCACAGUUUCAGAGGUGAAAAUGUAAAUAAUGGUUCAAGGUGGAUGUACAUAACAGUAACCCUUGUUUAAGCAUUUUAUUUUUAAAUGUAUUUUAGAUAUUUUACAUUCUAACCCUGUAUUUGGUAUCUUUCAGAAAGAUUUUACAUUAUUGAGCUAAAAUGGUCAAAAAAUAUUUGUGUGUGAAACCCCUUCCUGAUGUUUCUUUUUGUGAACAUGAUCAAAAUGUUAAAUCCUCCAGUGAGUGAAAAGCACUCUCUUGAAGUCUCUUGAAUCCUGUCCCAGUUGAACAGAUUGCAUUUUUUUUAAAGAUUGCAAGUUUUAUAACAAUGCCCAUUAUUAUGUGACCUUAUUUGGUCCUUGUUAAGAUGUUUGAUAUAAAUUCCAUGAA